AUGACGCAUGGAAUAUCGCUUUCGGUCCCCACCGUAUUGAAGCCAACAACAGACAAUGCAACGUCAUUUACCACGAAUAUCUUAGUAGUUGGAGGUGCGUAUGCUGGGUUAUCAGCAGUUAGAAGUCUUGCAUAUCAUUUUAACCGAAGAAUAAAAGAUCCGUUUAUCAAACUGAAGUUGAUUAAUAGUAGAGUUUCGAUUACGAUGGUCGAACCUAAGUCGGGAUUAUUAAACAUUCUCGGAAUUCCUAGAGCUAUAGUGGACGUGGAUUUUGCAAAGACACAGUACAUUUCGUUCGAAGAGUUCUACGAUUUAAAGUUCGACAAAGUUAUAUCAAACCAGCCAGAUGUGUUGCAGAAUAUAGUUACGGAUCAAAAUACAGGAAAUAACGAAGGAGGAUUCGAGAUAAACUUUGUCCAUGGAAGAGUUACUCAUUUGGACGAAAAUAGAGCAGAAUACCAAUUGGUUGAAAGCGAUGAAACGGCCACUAUUAACUUCGAUUAUGUUAUAUUAGCAUCUGGCAGGGAUAGAAGCUGGCCAACAACCCCAAAUGCCUACACCACUAAGUCAUAUCUCGAGGAGAUGGCUAGAUCAAAGCACGAAAUAGAGUCCAAUGACAUUAUAUCCAUAAUUGGUGCUGGUGCAGUGGGUAUUGAAAUCGCAGGUGACAUCAAACAUCAUUGUCCAAACAAAACUGUCAACUUGAUGCACCCGCACGAAACGUUUCCCCCUGAACCAUUAAGCACUGAAUUCCAAAGUCUUACCUAUAAAUCCUUAGUUAAUUCCGGAGUCAACGUUUAUCUUAAUACCAGAGUUUCAAAGGAACUGGAAAAUGGUGACUUAGAAACCACAACAGGCGAAAUAAUAAAAUCCGACUUAAACUAUUGGUGCCAUGCCCAUCAAAAUAAUAUUUCAAUCCUUUCUGACAACUUGAGAAAGGAUUUCGUUACCUCUAGAAACAACAUCUUGGUGAACGAAUAUUUACAAGUGCUUAACAAGGAUAAGAAACUUGAUGCCUUUUUCUGUAUUGGUGAUAUAGUUGAGUUGCCAAUCAUUAAAAGUGCUGGCUGGGCGAUGUAUAUGGGCAGACUUGUUGCAAAUAAUUUGGUCAGCAUGAUCUUGGAUAAUAUUUUAAUUGAACCGUUCCCUGACUUAACCCAGAUGCCUCGUGGUAUGGUUAUAGUUGCAGGUAAUGGUGAAAUAGUAUCUGAAUUAAGCGGUGAGGUUGAACUCAAUCAUAAGGGAUAUGUUGAAGAAUAUAAAGACUACUGUAUAGGUAAAAUUAGAUCUACUAUAGGUGUAUAG